AAGUGCCUUAAUGAGAAGCGUCGUCGAGAGCAGGAGAACACAUACAUCGAGGAGCUGGCAGAGUUAAUCCAAGCCAGCAUCGCCUCUGACAUGAGCUCGCUCUCUGUCAAGCCGGACAAGUGCGCCAUCCUGCAGCAGACUGUCAACCAGAUCCGGCGCAUCAAGGCGGCGGAGGGUACAGGGGAAGGUGCCGUGCAGCAGGGUGAGGUCUCCUCCUCUAAACCAACACUUCUACCCACCCAGCGCCUGGGACCUCUACUUCUCGAGGCUCUAGAUGGAUUUCUAUUCCUUGUCAGUAAUGAGGGAAAGAUAGAGUUCGUAUCAGACAAAGUGAGUCACUUCAUCAAGUUUACUUCAGAAGACUUAACAGGGAAGAGCAUCUACAACAUUAUACACGUAGGAGAUCACCCCAAAUUCUCCUCUUGUUUUUUGUCAUUAGGUUGGUCAAGUGAACCUCCCUGUGACUCUUCACGGAAUCGCAGUUUUAAUUGUCGCCUCCUGGUCAGGCCUCCAGAUGACCAGGAGGAGACUAUGGAAGAGAGGCAACAGCGGGUAUCCCAGUAUGAGAAUAUGCAGAUUUCAACAGUGCUUUUGCCAUCGUAUUUUGUGGACAAAAAUAAUAGUGAAUCCUUUGAAGGUGAAGGACAACAGUGCCUAGUUUGUUUAGUACGGCGAAUUCCGCCCAACGAGCGUAUACAGGGUACUCCAGUUGAACAGUUUACCACCAAACUGGAUAAUCAAGGCACCAUAAUUGCAAUUGAUGCAAGUGGAGUAUCCCCCAGAUACAGUCACUAUAUCAGUAAGGAAAGAAUUGGUGAGCGCUUCAUAGAAUUGAUUCCUCCAGGGGACGUUGGUAAGGUGACAGGCCACCUCCAAGAAACUGUGCAGUCUGGGCAAGCUACCUCACAGGUGUAUCGGGUUAAGAUUGGUGGAGAUCGUUAUAUUCGCGUGCAAACAAAAUCUAAACUUUUCCGUGAUACAGACGGAACUCAAGUAGAAAGAAGCUUCAUGAUGGCAACACAUUCUAUUAUUGGACCUUUCCAAGAGGGUAAUGGGUCAUCAACAGCUGACAGAUUGCAUGCAGGAACUUCUGGUAAUGGAGGAUCAUUAUUGGAUGAAUCUUUAUCUGGGCGGCCAAGUAGUACGGGGGCAGCGGGUGAUGAUUCUGGUGUGUCCUCCAUUGGUGAUAAUACCCGUUUACGAAAACUUCUCAGUCAUGGUGAAAGUGGUAGUGAUUUGCCUUCGGACAACUCUAAUAAAAUCCUCAAGGAUCUCCUCAACCAAAAGGAUGAAGAUGAUACCCAAGGAGGGAUAGCUGGUGGUGUAGAUGGUAAUAGUACAUUAGAACGGCUUAUGUCACGAGUUCCCUCUCACCAUGACUUCAAGCCCAACACAUCCUCAUCUCCAGCAGUAAAUUCCACAGCAAAUAAUAUGUUAAGAGAGCUCCUGAAUAAUGAUGAUGAUGACAACGAAAACAGAAAAAGUAGUGAUGAUAUUUGGGAACUUCUAAAUGAUACCCCAGACGAAAAGAAGCCAGACAUAACGUCUGACUUUCGACAACCACAAGGGCCUGGAGGAGGUAUACAGUCAACAAAUUCCGCCUCUACGUCACCCUCUACUCUCAGUACCUUAACCUCAUCAUCUAGUAUAUCCCAGUCUACCAAUUCUGGUGCGCCUCCAAGACCGCGUAGUGCAGAUAUGUUGAGUGCAUCCACCAUGUUAAGGGGUAUCAAACGACCUAGUGAUGAAGCUCACGAUGGCAAUCCUAGCAAACAGAUGAUGGGUGCAUUUGAGAGUCUGUUGGGUCCAUCACCUCCUGCCAGCUCUAUGAGUCCUGCACCUGUCCAACAUGGGGGACCUUCCACACCUCAUGGUGGUCCAUCAACACCUCAUGGAGGCUCUUCAACUCCACAUGGAGGUCCUUCAACUCCACACGGUGGACCUACAACUCCUCAUGGCCCUUCAACCCCUAUUGGGAACAAUACUAGUGGGGGCAUUGGUCAUGGAGGUCCUGGAGUUAGUCCAACCAACCAGGGCUCUUCAAAACUAUGGGAAAGGAACAAAAUGCUUGCCUCCCUUUUAGCCAAGGAACCAGUCCAUAUGAACCAAAAUCAGCCUCCAUCGCAGCAUUUAAAUCCACAAGGCCUACCACAAGAGAAGCUUCCAAAGGACUUAGAGAAGAAAUUACAGACAUCGAUUCCUUGGCAGCCUUCUGGGCGGAACCAGUCUGAGAUCCUCAAUCAAUUACUAAUUAAAGGACCCAGCAAUACCCGCUCUAAUGUGAAGGUCAACACAGCCAUGGGUUCUAAUAUGGGUAUGAACCCCCAGCUGCGUACACCGACUCCAACAUCAAUAAUGGGAGGUCAGGGUGGUGUCGGUGCGCAAGGUCAUAUGACAUCUCAACCUUCCUUAUCUUCUCAAAGUGGCAUAGGAGUGAACAAUAUAAAUAUUAGUGGCUCUGGAACUGUGUCUACAACUCUUGGUGGACGUGGUACUGUAGUUAGUGUUAGUGGAGUGUCAGUUUUGGCUUCAUCCAUGUCGACUACAACCACAAAUACACUGCCAUCAUUUAAGUCCUCAAUGGGUCUUAAUGUCCUGGAUCCUGUAAGCAGUAGUUUUCCAGAUGGAUCAUUGCCUUCCAUCACCACUUCCUUUCCGUCAGUCCUACAAAACCACAACGAUGAUUUUCUACGAGAGAGUGUUAUUAAUGAUAUAUUAGAGAUGACCAACAAUUUUCCUGGUGGAUUAUCAGAAGAUUCAGGAAUGAACCAUGAACCUAGCCUAGAUGAUGUUCAUAGAUCCUCUACAUCAUCAGCGCAGGAAAUGAUGGAGAUACAGAAAAUUCAGAACUCUCUAAUGUCUGAGAUUGAAGCACAGGGCUCAUCAUCAGUUGCAGGACCUGGAUCAUUACCCCCAUAUACUGCAGUACCUUCUGUCCAGUCACAUGGGAGUUACCCACCUCCUUACACCCAACGAAUACGUUUUCCAAGUGCUGGUCCAGCUGGGGGUCCAGGUGGAGGUACUAAUAUUGGAGGGCACAUGAGUCCUGCAAGUAUGAUGAGGCCCAGUACUCAACAGUUUGCACCUGGAAGUCCAACAGUGCCCUCUCGACCAACUAUGAAUAACCAACGUGCAUUGUUAAGACAACAAGAGACAAGGAAACGGCUCUUACAACAUCAGCAGCAACAGGUGUUAGUGCCGUCCAACACCUCAGAUGUGGCUCAACCUCCACCAACCUCAUACCAGAACAUGGAUGACCUCUUUAAUAACACCGUUGCGCCAAAUGUGAAUGUCACUCUCCAGCGUAAUGUUGCCGAGUCUCAGACAUCUCCAAAUUACAACCUGCUCAAUUCGCCACUAGGGGGUGGGGGACAAAUUUCUCCUGGCCAGCGUAUUCCUCAACCCCCUUUCUCUCCACAUGGUCAAACAACUUCUCCCCUUCCAAACCAACAGUACAGCAAUAGUGGGCAGAUGGGUGGAUACCAGGGAGCACAAGGCUCUCAACUAUCCCCAAGAUUAUCCCAGGGGUCACCAGUUCCGCCAAGCUAUCAACCAGGAGGGCAACCCCUUCCUCAAAUGUCCCCCACAGGCCCUGGCACUCCAGGAACACCUGUGGUACAAGUACCCCCUGGUCAGCAAAGUCCGGUGUGGUCGUCUCCUAGUCCGCAACAGCGGCCAUCCCUAAUGACCCAGAACCCAAUGCUGAAUGCGCAACUUUCUUCCUUUAUAAGAAACGAUGGGGGACGACAGUUUCAGGGUGGCGGGCGGAACCAGUUACCCUCCAUGCGUUCUGUGCCGAGCCCUAGUGCCCGUCAGUCACCUUAUCAAGGCAUAGGUCCUCACACACCUGGGGCUACUGGGCAAGGAGACUCACACCCCUACCCUCCCUCCUCUCCGCAGCAAGGACAGUCACCUUUAAUUUAUCAGCAACAGCAACAGCAGCAGCAACAACAACAGUAUCGUAUUCAACGAACUAUGUCAGCACCAGGGCAGAUGGCAGGCGGGAAUGGCAUGCUCAGUGAGUACACUCGAAAUGAACUGCGGGCUCAUGUUGGUGCCCGAAGUACAGGGGUUAGUGGGGGAGGGGGAGGGCCAGGGUCCCCUUCCCCCAGCCAGCAGCAACCACAACAGCAACCACCGUCACAGCAGCAGCAGCAACAGCAGCAACAGCAGCAACAGCAACAACAACAACAGCAACAACAGCAACAACAGCAACAACAACAACAACAACAACAACAACAACAACAACAACAACAACAACAGCAACAACAGCAGCAACAACAGCAGCAGCAGCAACAACAACAACAGCAACAACACCAACAACAGCAACAACAACAACAACAGCAGCAACAACAACAGCAGCAACAACAGCAGCAACAACAACAUCAGCAGCAGCAACAGCAGCAGCAACCUCAACAAACACAAGCACAACACCUGGCCUUUCAACAAAACCCUGACCAACACCACCACCACCACCACCACCACCACCAUCACCUUGACCAGCCGCUACUUCACUCUUACUCCCCCUCAGGUACCUGUCCUCUGACUCACUCACUUGUGCUACACUCAGGCAUCACUCGCAUCACUUGCUUAACCUUGCCCAUAUUAAUCUCAGACCAUUCCAUGUGACAGUGACUCCCACUUAGUAUCACUUGCAUCUCUGACCUUACUCAACCAAAUAGAGAAUAGAAUCAAGGUACCUGACUUGCUUAUUCCAAACCUGCACAUCAUUGCAUUACUAGCUUUAAUUAGUCAGCAAACUGACCUAAUUGUGUUAACAAAUUUCAUCCUUUUACCUAUUUUCCAUUGCUGACAUCAUCACCUAUAGAAAUUGCUUGGCCACUUUAAAUUGGAUAACUGAAUUAAUAAAUAUGUCUCACUUUUAAGCUUAAAACUGGCCAAUUGAUUAAUCUUUAGGUGGUGUUUUAUCCAUUUAUUAUAGUUUCUGACAUCUUAUAGCUAGAAUAUACUUUGUAUAUCAGUGAAUGUACUAAACCUUAAAAGAGAGCAUCUUGAUGACCUCACAGCUUCACCUCGUGCUGCAGCCUGCCACUCUUCCUCAUGGAACUGAGACAUAAUUCUUUCUGCUGUACCACUUACCCUGUACCUGUGCCU